CUGUUGGCAUCCAUCAGUAAAGUGACUGACGACCCUAUCAAACUUUUUUAUGAUACCAUCUCGUUGCCAGAAACACAGUUUGUUGCACAGAAAUUGCUUGUCAACAAUAACAUCCUUGUAUUAACCCCUCGUGCAUUAGUCAAGGAAGCUGAAGGUGAGGGGCGCAAGGUCGUUCCGGCCUUCGGCGACAGACCACAUGUCCCCCAAAAUGAAGGGCUGUGCCGCAGCUCCUGGGUUAUGGUCGAAAAGUGGCUC